CUUCGAAAUGACUAUCUUAAACUCCCUCUCCUAAGCUAGAAGAAAUGCAGGCGGCACUAUUACUUUCUGGUGGCUAUGGUUUCAGGUGCUUUCCCAAGUCCCUCUCCAUCUUCCAGAAGAGGCGUUUGCAAGUGUUUUCUUCCAAGAAGACACCUCCAAGUCAUCUUCCAGCUGCCAAGCUUAUUUCUUCAGAAAAGAAGGAGUACUCAAUGAGUGUGGAAGAGUCUUUGGCUAGCAAGUUCAAGAUUUUAGAUGCUGGAAUGUCAUUCUGCUCCAACACUUUGACUGUAAGUCUGGCUUUCUAUGGUGCUGUUCACGUGAUGCUCAAGUUUUUUGGGAAGGAUGAAAAGCUCAAGGACAAAAUCAAUGGCUAUGCUUUAAUGUUGGCCACUUGUGCACUGAUCGGGCUUGGAUGGAGAAAUCCACACAUCGUGAAGACUAUAUUUAAGUUGUUUUUUUGAUUCCAAUAUUAACUAUGUCUAAUUUAACUAUUUUAAAUGUUCUGGUUUGGGUCAGGGGUGGUGCUGGUGCCCCCUUCGCCGGAAACUAUGAAGUAUCUAUUAGUAGUGAGUAAUAAUAUCCGGGUGCCGCUAAAGCUCCGGUCUACCCUGUUUCCUCUAAAAUAUGGUCUGCAUAAGCUUUUGCUCUGGCCCUGCCCCUUACUAUGGGUUGUUAUCAAGGUUUAACUAUGUUUUGUAAUGGUCUAUUCAUCUUUUCUUGUCGUC